UCCAUUGCAGACGGUGGCAUUGGAUACAAGUGAAGGACGUCUUAUCGUGUGUGUGCGCCAAAUAGGAAUUUCAACAACCAACAUGCCGUCCAAGCCUGCCCCAAUCAAGAGGAAACCCGGCAAGAAGGUUGAAAAGAGGCCGCAGCCCCCACCUGAGCCGGAGCCGACUCCCGCUCCCGAGCCAGCUCCGGAGCCCACACCGGUCGUUGAGGCCCCCCCGGCCGAGUCUGCCGCUCCGGCGUCGGAGGCGGCGCCCGCUGACGCCGAGUCAGCUGCACCUGCCGAGGCUGGCGCGCCUGCGGUGGAGGGUGAGGCCCCCGCUGCCCCCCCGACCGAAGGGGGUGAAGCCGUACCAGCAGACGCCGAAGCUGGUGAGGCGCCUGAGCCCGAAGAGCCUAAAGCACCCACUCCACCACCACCUCCAGAGCCCACGAGCGCCCCUCUGGAUCUUUUUGUGGAGGAUAAGAACGACACUUCAGUGAUGAUCAUCUGGAGCCAGCCAGAGGUUAUUGGCCUGUCAGGCCUGGACGGGUACACAAUUGAGGUGUGCCAGGAUGGAACUGAGGACUGGAAGGCAGUAAACGAGGACCUGCAGAAGUCCUGCCGCUACGCCAUCAAGAAUCAAACUACCGGAGACCGGCUUAAGAUCCGCGUGGUGGCUGUGAACGCUGGAGGAAGGAGUCAGCCAGUCACCCUCCCCGAGGCUGUUAUGGUGAAGGAGGUUGCCGAUCGUCCCAAGGUGCGCUUGCCUCGCUUCCUAAGGCAGAGAUACGUGGCUCACGUUGGAGAAAAGAUCAACCUCACCAUCCCCUUCACAGGCAAACCUAAGCCCGUGGUUAGCUGGACCAAAAACGGCCAGCCGCUAGAGAAAGGAAGGGUCAACAUUCGCAGCACCGAGAGGGACAGCAUCAUCUUCAUCCGAGCAGCCGAGAGGGACGAUUCCGGUGUCUAUGAGAUGUCCGUCAAAGUGGAGGACUUUGAGGACAAGGCCACACUCACCCUGCAGAUUGUUGAGCUUCCUGGUCCUCCGGCCAGCGUAAAGAUCGUGGACACGUGGGGCUUCAACGUGGCACUGGAGUGGACGGCGCCCAAAGACAACGGCAACACAGAAAUCACAGGCUACACCAUCCAAAAGGCCGACAAGAAGACAGGAGACUGGUUCACUGUGAUGGAGCACUACCACCGACUCAACGGCACCAUCUCGGACCUCAUUAUGGGCAACACCUACAAGUUCCGUGUGUUCUCCGAAAACAAGUGCGGAAUCAGCGAGGAGGCAGCCGUCACAAAGGAUGAGGCCAAAAUCCUCAAGACGGGAAUUGAGUACAAGGCCCCAGAGUACCAGGAGCAUGACUUCACCGAGGCGCCCAAGUUUACCACCUCUCUGGCCAACCGAGCCACCACGGUGGGCUAUAGCACCAAGUUGCUGUGCUCCGUCAGGGGAUACCCCAAGCCCAAGAUCGAGUGGCUGAAGAACCAGAUGGUCAUUGGCGACGACCCCAAAUUCCGUCAGAUCUGUGUGCAAGGCAUCUGUUCCCUCGAGAUCCGAAAGCCCGUGAGUUUCGACGGAGGCGUUUACACCUGCCGAGCCAAGAACCACCAUGGCGAGGUCACCGUCAGCUGCAAGCUGGAAGUCCGACAGCCGGUUAUUCAAGAGGCGGAAAAGAAAUAGGUGGCCACAUUCAUUCACUGAGGAGCAGAGCGAGCAAGCCCUUUGCUCCAUAAGGAAGGUUCUGGAUUCCUUCAAAGAACAUGUCGAGUACAUGGGGCUGAUGACCACACCCCCAAAUCCAAAAGUCCUAAUCCAUGUCCGCCAUCACCUUUUUUCCCCAAAUGGCAACCCACUCUACAUAUAACAUGUUUGUGUGAAUAAGUAAUUUAGUUAGCAUCCCUGUUGUUGUUUUCAAAAGAUGCAGCCGGAAGCACAAAGAUGCAAACAGAGCUUAUCAAUGUAUAUGCUCACACAAGUUGUGAUGUCUGCAAAUAAAUAUCAUCUGAUCAUU